GAUCAUUUCAUAACAUAAUGGUUUUUCAUGAAUAUUUAACCCCAUACACACUAUCUUUGAGUGCGCUGAAAAAGUGCCCUUUCCCUGUUCGGAUUUGAGUACGAAGGGCCCCCCAACUAAAAUUAUCUCAAUAGUUGAAGUUCCUAUGUUUUGUUUUUCGCGGGUAUCGCCACGCGGCUUAACCCCGUCCCCGGCCCUAAAGAAAAGGGCGCAAUAAUCGAGCGGAAUAGGACAAUAAUCGAGCGAAGCGUCAGAUAGUACUCCCCUUUCUCUAAUAAUAAGGCACCAGGGCCCUUUUCAUAAGAGAUAGAACAAUCCCUCACUCGACACCUCAAAGCUGACCAGUACAAAAACACUGUGAUCCGUCCUCGUUUACGUACCCCCACUUGCUUCUAGUUUUCUUUUACUGGCUUAUUUCCAGCUACAUGAUGGGAUAAAAGAAGGGGACCGGUAUAGAAGUGGGUAAAAAGAGUAGUGAGAUGAAAGAUAAGGAUGCUGUAAGAUGUUUAAUGUAUGACAAGUUCAUGAAUAUAUUCCUAAAAAAAGUUGAGAUGCAUAUGAAAUCUAAAAAAUGGAAAACUCAGGCUCUUAAUAAGAAUUUUUUCAAAAUGUUAAAAGAUGGUUAUUAUGAUUGUAAAACGGAUAAAGAUUUAAUUUAUAUGAAUUAAAGAUUAAAAUCGAAAGUUAUACAAGGGAGUUUUAAGGAAAAGAGACUAAGGCUUUUGAGAAAUAUCCAGCAAUGGUUAGAUACUUAAUCCAAGUAAGAUUACAGCAAAAGAUUAUCUAAAGCAGAAGAAAAUGGGUCUAACUGAUAAGGCUUUAAGUAUUCUAAAUGUGUUAGGUCAAUAUACACUGGAAGCUAUAAUAGUUCAUGUACUUGGGGCCUUGCCUUGUUUAAUAAAUUAGAUCGGCGGAAAUUACCAUACGUGAAAGCUGCUACUUUUUUCGACCAUCUUGAGCGCUUUGUACGAGUUCAAGCUAUACUAAAAGGGUUAAAGAAGGAAGAUGCCUACCCAGAAAAGAAAAAAAAGAAGAACUCCGUCUGAUUCUAGUAUAGGGAAUCGUUUGCUUUAAUUCAUGACUACUCGAAAGAAUUUCAUUGAUUUAGUUACUGAAGAUGGUAAGACGUAUGAUCCACGAGAGGAUUGGGCUUAAUUAAAAAAAAAGCCCUUACCUAUUUAUUUUUAUUCUAAAGGUCCAUCAUAGGGCCGAUUAAAUGUUUACAUUAAAUCACGUGGAAGCCAGCCCAGCAGUUCCCAUCUAUCUUCCCUCCCCGGUCAACUCCUGCGGGGGAAUCAUUCUUUCAGAACCUCUCUCGGAAGAACAAAUUAGGACGGUCUGAUGUUUUGGACUCCGGAGAAGAUUCUGGACAGAGGCCUUUUCAAACGCAAGAACAGACCCGUGAAAGGUUUCUGCUUGUCAAGUGGGUGGGCCUUCCAACAGAAGAUGCAACUUGGGUUGACGCAGAGGCCCGCUACCCCGAUUUCAACGCCUGAGGUCAGGAGGGGGGGGCUUUGUUACACCCAACGCAGCAUUGCCCAUUCAAGCAGCCCAAUAUCAUUAGUCAAGCCCAUAUCAGCCCAUUGUCUUUUUCUUGAGUAUUGCUAUUGUAAGCAGAAUAUCCUUAUGGUCGCGUGCUGGUCUCGUGUCUAUCAGCAAGCGUUGCCCUAAAAGAUUGCAGGUCAGGAAUGGGCGUUGCGCCGUUUCAAUGCAAAACCACCCUUCCUCUAAUGGUAUGGUCUUCCUUCAUUCAUUCCACAAAAAUUGAAAAAAGAAUUUCUUUACUACACUGAAACCCCAUCCGGGCACUCAAGCUCGAACUUCCUUUUUCAACGGCAUCUUCCUUGUCUGCUUCUACAGAUGUGUUAGUGGCAGCUUCUUCUAAUUCCUAUGAUUCUGAAAAUUCAAAUGCGUAUGUGUUAUGUAUGAUUCAGUGCAUCAAAGAUCGGAUUCUUCUCUUUAAGCAUCUCUUUCAUCUUCAUUUUAUCUAGUGGUAUCUGCUGCUUAAUAUUUGAUCUUUGCUUCCAAAACUGAAAGAACAUCGUCACUCAAAACAAAAGACGAGACUUGGAUCGAGGAUCUACGCCUUCCCUCCUUUGAAGUGAAAGAUGCUGUUUUCUCCAUGGAUGGAGGGAGUGCCCCGGGGCCCGCGAUGUGGGGGGGUCGCAUCCGGCUAUAAACACCGAACUACCUACAUAUCCUCUUCUGAAGAAGAAUCAGACCCUUGUACCUUGUAGUUCUAUCAAGUAAUAAUGAGAUUAAAAACCGAAGCUUCUUUGGCCGUGUGGAACAUGGAUUAGCGUUAUGUCAUUCCUACAAGUGAUCCCCCAUCCAGGAUUGGAAGAAGUGCUAUAUGAGGACUUCGAGAUCAAAUAGAAUAUGUUUCUUUCCAUUCCUCGUGAGCCACUUAUUUCUCCGAAACAAGAGAUCAAAGGGAUCCUCCUCCUUUUUCCCAAUAAGUCGACGGCGUUACACCAUUGGGAUACUUCGAAUAAACUGGAGUACAUAUAGGAUACACCGGUGCUAAAACCUUUUCUCAAGAUAUCUUCCAAACUGUUGGGGUCCUUGCUCCGGAUGUUGUUCUCCUGGUGUGAAAGAAGUUGGUUCCGCAGUUUUAGAAUUCUGCUGAUCCCAAGUAGUCCAUCUCCAUCAUUGCAUAUGGCAAUAUAGAAAGUAAA